AUGCAGAGGGAGAUCGAGUGGGCCCUGUCCCGGGCCAAGGCAGCUUUCCCUGCGCCCAAGAUCGUGCUGGAGCAGUACCCGACGUCUGCGGAGAUUGCCUCGCACAUGGUGGCGACUAUGGAUGAGGGCUACGGCGAUGUCGAGGGCGCCCAUGUGGUUGAUCUGGGAUCGGGAACGGGUAUGCUCUCGCUGGCAUGUGCCCUGGGUGGUGCAGAGUCGGUGACCGGGGUGGAGAUCGAUGACGAGGCGAGAAUGGCUGCCGAGGAGAACUUGGCUCUCCUGGUCGACGCCGGCGAGCUCGACGCGCCGACGGGCGUGACGUUUGUUGCGGGCGAUGUGCUGGCUCUGGGCGAGACGCUGACGGAAGGCACUCCAUCAGAGACCGGUCUCUCGCCGCGGUGCUGCAGAACGGUCAUCCUCAACCCGCCGUUUGGCACCAAGAAGCACAAGGGCCUCGACACUAAGUUCCUCGCUGUCGCCUUUGAUCUCGCCACCUCGGCCGUCUACUCGCUCCACAAGUCGUCGACCCGGCGAUUCCUCCUCAAGUUUGCGGCCAAGCACGGCGUUGACGCACACGUCCUUGCAGAGCUCCGCUACGAACUGCCUAACACGUACAAGUUCCACAAGAAGAAAUCGGUCGAUAUCGAGGUCGACUUUAUCCGCUUUGACGUCUCUGCCCGCGCUACCGCCGCUGCUGCCGCUGCCGUUAGUGAUGCCGAAGCUGCUCCCGCUUCUGCCUCCUCGCCUCCUUCCCCCCCUCCACCGACCGACACAGCAUAA